AUGUUCGGCAAGCGAAGACGGGAGAGCCUAUGUGCGUCGAAUAUCGCGACAGAAGAGAAUAAAAUGACGACGGUCCUGCGAAUCCGUCCGACCGCCGGGAUCGACGACUACGACGAUAAUUACCUCCGUAUCAACCAGUUUGAUUCGGAGGUAACGCUUAUCCCUCCGGAGUUUCGACCAGGUGCUCCGGCGGAGAAGUUCAAAUUCGACCAGAUCCUCGGCCCGGAAGUCCAACAGCCAGAAGUGUUCAAAAACACCGUCAACAACCUGGUCAAGGCAGCGUUCGAUGGAAAGAACGCCUGCCUCUUUGCUUAUGGCGCCAGCGGUUCUGGAAAAACUCACACGAUGAUGGGCAAGCCAUCUGAUCCAGGAGUUAUUCCACGAACCCUGGAAUUGCUUUUUAAGGCUGUGGGCGGCCAGAUCGAUGAGAACGAACAGCUCAUUGCGACAGGGAGCUGUUCUAUUCGAGAGGGGACGAAAAGCGAGCUGAAAGAGAACGAGAAAGCUCGUCUCGAGGUGCGUCAGCUCGCCAAGGGCGCUUCGUCGAAGAAAGGACCUCGUCGAUCGAUCACGUCAGUUCCCGACGAGCCUUUCCAGCAGCGACUAGACGAUGUCGACUUCGAAAUCGACAACGAUUCGACAUACGUCAUCUACGCUUCGUUUUACGAGCUCUACAACGAAAAGGUCUACGACCUGCUCGUUCCGAUGCCAAAAGAUAAGAAGCGAGUGGCGCUGUCGGUGAAGAUGGACCACAAAGGCGCCUACGUGAACAAGCUCCGACAGAUUCGAAUUAACUCGCCGCACGAAGCGCUCACUCUUCUGAAGGCGGGUCAACAAGGUCUGACUACUGGAGCUACGCGUCUCAACUCCGACUCUUCACGAUCGCACUGCUUGUUCACCCUGCGCAUCGCGAGAAAAGUCAACAAGCAUGCCUUCCAAGUGUCCAAUCUGGCCUUUUGCGACUUGGCUGGCACUGAGCGCGGAAAGAAGCUUGGUCGCGCCGACCAAAAGCUUCUCAGCGAAUCGAAGACGAUUAACAAGUCGCUAAUGCAGCUGCGACUUGUCAUAACCGAUCUUCAAGGGCUUCAGAAGAACGGAAACAAAGUCGUCUCCUUCCGAAAUUCGAAGCUGACGCAGCUGAUGGAGCCGUAUCUCGUUGGACAUUCGAUGACAUGCAUCAUGAUCGCUGUGUCCAACGAUCCAGAGAUCUACGACGAUACGCAGCGAUCGUUAGAAUUCGCCUCAACGGCCCAACAGAUUCAAAUGGGCCUCGAUCGUCACGGCAAGAAGCUGAAAGAGUCUGCGAAGCUCAAUCUUUCUCGGGUUCCAUCGCCCGAGGAAGAAAUUGAGGAUACGAUGCAUCAAGACGAGCACGAAAUCGAUGACCCCUACGGCGUCGGCACUGACUUUUCCGACUGGACGAAGCAGGAUGUCAUCGACGAUCUCGUCUACUAUAUGCACUUCGUCAAAGACCGCGAGCAGUGCAUCCAGCGAAUGAAAAUCGAAUGGCAGAAAGACGAACAGGAGUGGAACGAGUACAAAGUCAGCUACGAAGAAAGAAUCGAAGACUUGAAGAUUCUUCGUCAUAAUGCACGAGCGACUGGUACUAACGAUCUGAUCGACGCGGAAGAACGGUAUUCUAAGAAACUCAAAGGUCUGAAUACUGUCAUCGAGGACCUAAAGAAAAAGCUUUCGAAAGCAGCCGGGACCGAGAAACUCGAUGAGCUUACUGCGGAGAACAUCAGCCUCCAAGAAAAGAUCGAUUCCCUGAACAGCCAGAUCGAGCUCGACAAUCAACAAAUCAUCGAUUUGGAGCGCAGAAAAAAUGAUGAACUCGACGCUAAAAUCUCCGAGAUCACUUCACUCAAGGCUGCUGCUGACAGUCAUCAACUGACCGUUUCCGAUUUGAAGUGCACCAUCAGCGCUUUGCGAGAAGAGCUCGACGCUGAACGUGGUCCAGGGCCUAUGAGUCCCAUUAGCGAGAGCACCCAUGUCUUCGAACCGAACAACACGAGGCAGCUAUUCCGAGAUUCGUUACCCGCGGCUUCAAGUCAUAAGAUUAACGAUCUCGAAAUCGAAAACAAGCAGCUCCUCGAGGACAACGAUUCGCUACGACAUCAGAUUGAGAUCGGCAAAGAGAUGCUCUCGAAUUUGCGCAGAGAGAAGUCUGAGUUGCGAGCGGCGCUUGAAAAGACCCAAGAUGAGGACGUGACAUCUGAACUUCAGGAGCAAGUCCAGCAAUACGCUUCCAACUUGUCCUCGAUGAAAGAACAGUACCAGUCACUUGAGAAUCAGCUCGAGGAAGUCCGUCAAGAUAAAAACAGCUUGGCUGAGAAACUUGAGCUCCAAAUUGACCAACUGGCGAGGUCCGAAUCCGAAUGCGACGAGCUCCGACGGUCAGCAGAGCAACUCAAAGAGCGUAUUCACGGCGUGGAAAGAUGCCUGGAAACAUCGGAAAAAGAAAAGCUCGAGGCUCAAAAAGCGCUGGAACUCUUCAAAACAAAAUCAGAAUCGCUGCAAUCUGAUAGUGAGAGAAUGAAGGAGCUCAACCAGGAGCUGACAACUUUGAGAUCUGACUUUUCAACGCACCUCGAAAAGUCAAAGGAGCUGGAGCAAAAACUCUCUGAGAAGAUAAUAACAAUUGAUCUGCAGAGUGAGAAAAUCGACGAGCUUCAACACGAGUUGAACAACGAACGAAUUUCUAAGGAUCACGAGAUAGCAUCACUCGCUGGUGAUUUGGAAAAGCUCAAGGUCUCGCAAAAGGCGUCUGAGGAAGCAUCCGAAAGCGACAAGCAAGAACUUGCGAAUCUGAAGGAUGAUGUUUCGAGCUUGACUUCCGAGAUUGCUGCCAAAGAAGUCGCCAUCAAAAAGCUCGAAGAUGAGCUCGAAUCCAUCAGCUCGUCAAAAUCGGACGCUCUUGAAAAAGCAAAGAACGAUCUUCUUGCUGCUGAAGAAUCUUCAAAGGCCGAUUUGGAGAAGGCGAAGGCCGAUCUGAAACAGGGCCAAGAAGAUCUUAAACAGGCCGAAGAAGAAAUUAAACAGGCCCAAGAAGAUCUGAAACAGCUGAAAGAGACUUCUGACGCCGAGCUCGUCCGAGUCAAGCAGAUCAUGGAGGAAGAAAUCGAAGAGCUCCAAAGCGUUGUCGCCACACUUCGCGAAAAAGCUGAAGCUGAAAUAUCUCCUCCAACUGACUCAGAGGAAGUCGAAAAGCUUCAAGCAGAGAUCGACGAGCUCAAAGAAGCUCUCAAGGACAAGAAUUUUCGAUCGAAGCUGCGAAAACAGCUCGAUAAAGAAAAAGAAGAGUCCGCAUCUCUGCGAAAGAAGCUUGCCAAGAUGGAGCAGCAGCUUCAAGAAAAAGAAGCCACCAUCGAACGGUCGCUCACCUCUUCUUCGAUCGUCAAAGGCGAGCCGAGCUCUAUAGAGCAAUCCAGCACCGAGGACUCAAAGGUGAAAGAUGAGCCCGACGAAGAAUGGGUUCAGCCAAAGCCUCAAACUCCUCUGCAGCGUAUCAAGAACAAGCUGACCGGAAACACUCGAAAGAAACGUCAACUUGCUCCCCAUUCGCCUGAUGCGAUGGAAAACUCUCCAGCUGCUGCUGAGGUCCCAGCUCGCCGAACUCGACGGCAAAGAAAAUAA